AUGAUUGCCUCUUCUAAACAUAAAUGGUGUACAGCAACAGUUACAUUACGUGAAGGAACUGGAAAAGUUACAAUUAAAUCACCAUCUGUUAAAACAGCUGUUAAUGAUAUACUUUAUUUUACACGAAUUAUUCAUCGUGAUCAACUUUUGUAUCCAUUUAAAGUAUUAGAUCGUGUUAAUUUGUUUGAUAUCAAUGUUGUUUAUGAUGGUAUUGGUUUUACAGCACAAUCUAUUGCAACUCGUUUAGCUAUAUCAAAAGCAUUGUGUUCAUUUAUUUCAUCAAAAGAAGUGGAAUAUCUUCGAUUAGCCGGUCUUUUAACUGAAGAUGCUAGACGUAAAGAACGUAAACAACCAGGAAAACGAAAUGCUCGACGAAAAUAUAAAUUUCGAAAGCGUUAA